ANCGUUGAUGCUCGUGUGAGCAAAAAUUCAACCAUGGUCGGUGUAGGAAUGUGCAUGGAAGGAAUAGAGCAGAACCCUGUGGUUUACGAGCUAACUUCUGAAAUGGCAUUUCGGGAUGAGAAAGUUGAUGUACAGAAAUGGUUGAAGAGCUAUGCACGCAGAAGAUACAUGAAAGAAAAUCAUCAAAUCGAGGCCGCUUGGGAUAUUCUCUAUCACACUGUCUACAAUUGCACUGAUGGAAUUGCGGAUCAUAACACAGAUUUCAUAGUCAAGCUUCCGGACUGGGAUCCAUCUAGUUCUAUACAAGACAAAUGGAAACAAACAGAUUCAAUCUCCACUGGCUCAUAUGAAACAAAAAGAAGAUUCUUGUUUCAAGAUAAGAGCUCUGGUUUGCCUAAGGCUCAUUUAUGGUAUUCUACAAAGGAGGUGAUCAAAGCUCUCAAGCUUUUCCUGGAAGCUGGGGAUGAUCUGUCCAGGAGCUUAACAUAUAGGUAUGACAUGGUUGAUUUGACGCGUCAAGUUUUAUCAAAGCUAGCAAACCAGGUGUAUAUAGAAGCAGUGACCGCUUUUGUAAAGCAAGAUGUCGGAAGCUUAAGACGAUUGAGUGAGAAGUAUCUUGAGAUUAUAAAGGACAUGGACGUUUUGCUUGCCUCGGAUGAUAAUUUCCUUCUGGGAACUUGGCUUGAGAGUGCAAAGAAGCUGGCCAGAAACAAUGAUGAAAGGAAACAGUAUGAGUGGAACGCGAGAACACAAGUGACGAUGUGGUAUGACUCCAAAGAUCUGAACCAGAGCAAGCUUCAUGAUUAUGCAAACAAGUACUGGAGUGGGUUACUUAAAGACUACUACCUACCCCGAGCGACGUUGUAUUUCAAUGAAAUGCUGAAAAGCUUACAAGAUAAGAAGAAAUUUAAGGUAGAAAAAUGGCGAAGAGAGUGGAUAAUGAUGUCACACAAAUGGCAACAAAGUUCAUCAGAGAUUUAUCCGGUAAAGGCAAAAGGAGAUGCCUUAGCUAUCUCAAGGCAUCUAUUGUGUAAAUACUUCCCAUGAGUUGUUUGCUCAAGAUUUAGCUUAAAAGAAUGAAAUAAAAUGAAUAAGGGGCUGGGUUUCUAACUUCUGCCUGAGAUAAAAUUGACAUUUGGGUAUAUUUGAGAGUUAGGAGUCUGUUGUGUUAGCGUUAGAGACUCGGUGAAGGCGAGUAAAGGUUGUAACAACAAACUCUGCUUCAUCUCUUCCAAUAAAGAUUUACUUGUCUCCAUA